AGCAUUCCCGACAUGCGCUUCGAGCAGUCGUACCUCGCCUCGAUCCGGUCUCUGAUCCACGAGGUGUCCACCACGGAAGCGGCCGAUGACCUCAAGCGCAAGUCUGGGUUCGACAACGAAAAGGUUGACGGAAAUCCGGAAAUUUGGCUGGGGCGAUUACGAAUCGAAUGGUGGUCGCUCCUCUACUUGACAGUUCGAGACCAGAUCUUGUCACCCGUCAUUCAAGGGGCCGUCUUUGCCGUCGGAGGGAUAGCCCUGGGACACGUUCGAGCUUUCAUCGUCGCUCGG